AUGUUCGACGACUCAGCGAGGAUCAAGAGGACAAAGAAGUAUAGAUCAUGGAGGCUGUUAAGCGCCACGGACUUCAAUUCCCUCGUGUAUCCUUGCCUCUUCGUCAGUUGGAUCCUCGGAUGUUUCCCGUACAAGUUCGAAUCGCCGAGAUACACGUUCUCCAAAGCAAGAUUCGCGUUCUCCACGAUUGUGAUGAUCGUCUACGUGCUCCUGUUGACGAUGAUGAUCGUCAAGACGAAUUUCAGGGCCGAGGAGACGGAGAGCCUUCCAGCAGUUAUGUACACCAAUUUGUUCAUAUUCCUGGAGGGAGGUAUGAUCAUAGUAACCUACGCGUCCGGUGGUAAACGAUUUACGGUACUUCGCAAUCUGUCGGAAACAACUUCUGUCUUAACACCGAAGGAUUUCAAGGAUCUAGCGAAACUCGUUCACACGAAAGACAUACUCGUUUUCCUCUACAUAAUCGUACAUAUACCGAACUGUUUCAAGUACAACGUAGCUCUGACUGUAGAGAAUUUCGCACAAAUGUACAUCGUUCUGGUGAACUCUAACACGGACAUGUUCUACGUGAACUGCGUGUGCACGUUGAAGUCUUGCUUCAAGAAGUUGAACGAGUGUAUUCGCGGAUUGAACGGUUCCUCCGAGGCGGAGGUGUGGAUGCAGAAAUCUGUUUAUCACAGACAGAGGAAUCCUCUGUUGCUGAUGAAGCUGAAGGAACUCGAGGAGAUCCAUCUGGAUAUCAGCGACGCUGUUGACCUGUUGAACGACACGUUCGUCACGCGACUUGUAUUUGUAACCGUUUCGACGUUCGUCAUUGUCACCUUUAAUCUCUACUUCCACAUACUCUUCGCAAAUAACUCCGAUAUAUACAACUCGCAUUUCUGGUACUGGCAGUUCAUGUCACCCGUUACCUUCUACAUGGCGAACUUCUCGUGGAUAGUCUGGGCCUGUGAAACGGCGACCAGAGAGGCGCAGAAGAUUAAAAUUACUCUUCACGAUGUUUUCGGCGAUACGAUUGAUCCGGUGACGAAACGCGAGGUACAGCUAUUUUCUUUUCAAGUGUUGCACAGGAAUAAUAUCUUUUCUGCUAAGGCUAUCGAUAUAAACGCGAUGCUUCUUUUGAGGGUAAGAUGA